AUGGAUCUAAGGUUUAGACUAAUAUCAUAUUAUUCAGGAUUAAAAAUCUUUAAUGUUUGGCUUGCUGACCUUGCAUUGUUUACAGCAUUUGAGUAUAGAGACAUAAUGAAGAACAAAAUAUAUCAUAAAUCAAGACAAUGUAAAUUUACACAGACUGAUCUUCUCUAUUUUGAG